UCCACGAGGCAAUGCCCAUCAGCCCACAAUGACGCCCAACUCUCCCCUUAUCGCUAUCACCGGUAUCGAAGGCUUCAUCGCUACCGAGCUCGUCCUCUUGUUCCUCGCUCGAGGCUGGCACGUCCGCGGCUCUGCCCGUACCUUCACCCAAGCCGAAAAGCUCAAGAGCCUUCCCGCCUAUGAAAAGUACUUUGCCAGUGGCCAGCUUGAGGUGGUGGUAGUGGCGGAUGUGGCGAAGGCUGAUUUCACCGAGCUGCUCGAGGGUGCGGAUGCCGUGGCGAGCCUCGCGGCGCCUAUCCCCAAGCUUGGUGAUCCCACUAUCACUUGGAGCGACUUCAAGCGUCCUACUAUCGACCCUGUGCUGAGGAUCCUUGACUAUGCCAAAAAAUCUACCACUAUCAAGAGUGUCGCUAUCAUGUCAUCUUCCGGCUCCUCCAUCAGAUUGGACCAUCAACCCAACAAGGUCUACACCGAGGACGACGGGACGCCUUACACUGAGGAGUAUUGCGAGUCUCCUAGCGCUGCUACCCACCGUCUUGCCACUGUCAUCUGGUACUAUGCCGCCAAGAAGUAUGCCGAGGAGGCUGUUUUGAAGUGGCAGGAGACUGAGAAACCUUCCUUUGCUAUCUCUACUUUCUGUCCUUCCAUGGUCUACGGCCCUGCACACUAUAUCCCCUCCCUCGCCAAUCUCAAGGCUCUCACAGGCUCCACCGACGAAUUCCUCAACCUCUUUAUCGGUAAAGACCAGCCCUUCCCAAGACAGUUUUCGAGAAGCUUUGUGGAUGUUAGGGACGUUGCGGAGGCAUUUUAUCUUGGUAUUACCAAGGAGGCCUCGGGCAAGUAUUUGGUUUCGGGACACGAGUACAGCUGGCAAGAGUUUGCGGACAAGCUUAGGGGACUCCGACCCGACUUGGACGCUUACUUCCCGCUUGGAGAGCCUGGGACGCGGAUUCCGGAAGACUGGUCUAUGGAUUCUAGCAAGUCCAAGAGAGCUCUCGGUAUUGAAUACCGCUCGACUGAGGAGACUUUGAAAGGUGCUAUCGACUUCUUUGAGGGCCUUGGGCUGUUCAAGCAGGCACCCCUUUGGGCGAAGGCGGCCUAGGAUCAUGGUCGAAAAGAUACGGCUGCUCUCGAUGGGGUAUUCUUGCUAGAUGCGUACAUAGGUGUACAUGUAAGCUGUUGGCGAUAUCGGAGGAUGAUGAGGCUUAGGAGUGUUUCUCCAUGAUCGUCGUACAAGACAGCUUGUAGUGACGAAUGGUGUUGAAAGGCCUUUGUAUUUCGUAAGUUGACUGUCGAGUAGCUUCGCUGUAGUAGAAUAAUAUAGGACUCGAUUCACUUUACAUGCCAUCUGGCUCUCAU